AUGACAAAACAUUCCAGCCGCCUGCUGGGCGUCCUCGGUGCAGCGGUCGUCCUGUCCAGUGUCGCCGCCAACUCGUUGAGCAGUUCGGGCUGCUGGGAUGCUCUCUACGGAGACGGGUACUGCACGCCGCCAAACAACAACGCAGAAUGCGGCUACGACGGCGGUGACUGCUGCGAGUGCACUUGCCAGAACCCACAGGGCGGCGACCACCACUGGAUCUGCUCCAAAAACGGCUCUGGGUUUGCCUGCGUCGACCCGGACGCACCCUGCUAUGCCGAAGACGGUGUCACCGUCGAAGCCUCGCAGGAGUGCGACUUUUGGGAUUUGGGGGACGGCUGGUGUGACCAGGUUAACAACAACGAGUUAUGCGGCUACGAUGGCGGUGACUGCUGCGAGUGCACAUGCGAGGUACCUACGGACGAUGACUGGGACAACGACUUGUACGUCGCCUGCGGCGAAGGGUUCGCCUGCAUCGACCCCAGCGCCCCUUGCGUCAACGAUGACGACAUCACUGUCGAUGUCGACGAGAGCUGCGACGCUGUCGGUAUGGGCGACGGCUACUGUGACAUGGACAACAACAACGCAGCCUGCGCUUACGAUGGCGGCGACUGCUGCGAGUGCACGUGCGAGCCAAACAACAAGUGCGGUGGGAGGAGCGGCUUCGCCUGCAUCGACCCUGGAGCACCCUGCGUCGAUGACGAUUCAGUCACCGUGGAUAUGAUCGACAACUGCGACUACCUACGGGUAAUGGGGAAUGGCUGGUGUGACGAAGAGAACAACAACGAGCUAUGCGCGUACGAUGGCGGCGACUGCUGCGAGUGCACGUGCGAGAGCGCUUGGAAUGACGACUACACCUGCAGCAGCGAGCACGGCACCUUCAACUGCAAAGACCCGAACGCCUCCUGCUUCGGCGAAGAAACUACUGGGAGCGAUGACUUCAGCACCGACGACCAGCCAAUGUCGUACGAAUUUGUCCCCUGGGAAGAGACAGAGGCCCUGCCGACGGUCGACGGUGCUGUUGAGGUGGGCACCAAGACCGAGGUUGGCGUAUCAUCUACCGCCCACGACGUGCGGCCCGGCGACGACGGGUGCGGAGAGGUCGGCGGCCUUGGCUGCACGGCGGCCAACACCCGUGAUGGAAUUUUCUCCGAGAUCGAGUCGAGGUGGUCGUGCGCCACGAAGCUCGUGGAUGACGAAGGGCCGUGCCAGAUCGAGUUCACCUUUGCCGAACCCCAGACCAUUGUGGACAUCCAGGUUGCCUUCUGGAAGGGAAACGAGCGCACCCGUACCCUAGAGGUCUACAUCAACGGCGAGAUGACCCACACUCACGAGUCCUACGCCGAUGCCACCUUCAACACGCUCGGUGUGACGGCUACUGACGUCAGUACUGUGAUGCUCGAGUCCGUCGCUCUCCUCUCAGACGAAUGGAUCAGUCUCAUCGAGGUGCUCAUCUUCGUGACACCUUGAGUGAGUGGUGGAUACACCGGCUCAAGGCGAUUGAUUCCAUCACGAACCGAGCUUGGCCCUCGACGUGCGUGGGGCAACCUGUCGUUUGGAUGCUGACGAAAUUUCAUGGAACACUGUCGUCGAGAACGGGGUUUUGGGAACGAACGCGUAUCACGUAGGGACAUUGGGCCUGACACCCUCGCUGAUAGUCACCGCGUUUGCUAUCAAGCAUUUCUUCCUAUUUAUUUAUGCCUGACUGUGAUAGUGCCUGAUGGAGAAGCGCGGCCUCGUUUAUUGUCUCUGGCCCCUGCGGGCGUGUGUGUUUUCUUUCCGGAUGUUCCUUUUGUUUGCGUCCGUCUUAAGGUGUGUUUCUUCUCCACUCUUCCUUCAGGUUCAUGAAAAGCUGAGUAGAGAAUUGGCCGCAGAACGCGUUUGGUGUGUGCUUUUCGGAAGCGAUAGCUCCCCAUGUGGAGUGGCCACGUCAUAACAGUACGUCACAACAGCAAUCUGGCAGUUGGCAAGCGGCGGACCUCUCGGGUUGUUCGUGGUGGACUGCAGAGAUUCGUUUCCAUUUGACAGAUCUCCCGUUAAGACACACAGGCCAUUUCUGUCCGGAUUUGGGUAGAUCCGACUCUUUUAUUCUUACAUCGAAAUGUGAUUUUCGAGAUCUGAUUUCUACUUUGAAAACGACCCUAAGGGAUUCAAGUCGUGGCAGAAGCGACCCGGCCCCAUGGCGCGUAGGAGGGUUUCAACCACGUCGUCGCGAAAUGGUCACGACAUACAGGGUUUCUUAUCGUCGCCGAAGCAAACCCGCACGCGAAAUGGCUUUCUAUCCUUUCUUUCUUUCUCCACUAGGUUG